UACAACGAAAGUCUAUUCUGUUCUAUUACAGAGAAAAGGGAAUAUGAAGUUUCUCUUAGUGAUUAUUGCUUCAUGUGCAAUGCUCUGCGCUGCGCAAGUGACCAACCCAUGUCCCACGGGUUAUGAGGUCUUCUGGUAUGACUCAACAAGCCCCGUGUGUAUUAAGUUCGCCAUGUACGCCAAAGGGACCUGGGAAAACCUAAGAGCGAUGUGCCAGGCAGAGGGCGCUGAUCUGGCUGUGUUAAAAGACAGCCUUCAUUAUCAAGUUGUCCAGUAUAUCAAUAGUCAUCCAGAUCUCAUGGACGAAGCUUUCUGGAUCGGCGGAACAGAUGAGGCUCAGGAGGGAAACUGGGUCUGGGCAGUCAACAACGAGGCAAUGGACAUGCUCACCCCUCCUUGGUACCCAGGGCAGCCCAACCACGGCACGGCUGCGAAUUAUGCCUGCCUCUAUACACCCGACUUCAUGUUCCACAGCUGCGACAACGACAGGAAAAUUUACGCUCUUUGUCAGAUCUAAAUUGGUGUUAUAUUCCGAUAUUUUCCUUCUUUUCUCCAUUCUUCUCGCUUUUCCUGCAUCAAGUUCAGUUAAGUGUAGAUCCAUAGACGUAUCUAGUACAUAUACGUAAAACAAGCAAAAGAAGAUAGAAAUGCGACAAAGACGACGAUAAUAAUAACUAACAGAGAGCCAGACAGAUGCAAUCUACUAACUCAGCGGCUGAUGGCACAACCUCUAUUUAUGUAGGCUAUACAUAAAGUUAAUAUAUAUCUUGCAUUGUGGAUAUAUUCCUUCUGGUUUAUGCCUUAUUUCCUUUUCUCUCCGGGGCUCCAUCACAUUACAUUUGGUACGCGGAGCAAGGGAAGGUUACAAAGAAAGUUUAAACAAUAGGUUUACGUUAAUGGACACGAUGUGUAAAUUAUCCAUUCAGUAUGUAGAGUUUGCACUAUUGUAAAAUCUUUGUUGUAGCUUCGCAAAACCAAUAAAUAU